GGCGCUUUGGAGACCUGCAGUGUGUUCAAAGCCCACUUGUCACUCUCCUGCGUGGGGACGGGAAGAGGGCGCCUGAGUCUAGCCUGGGGAUCAGCCCCCCGACUCCGAGAAACGGGCCGGGGAGGGGUUCUGGCGAAUGCCGCGGGCCCAGACAUCCUUCUCAGCCGCCUGCCCCCAGGCUAGAGGCAGCAGGGACUGGGAGGUGCUACCUUGUGCCCGCAGCCCAGAGGGCCACAGGUUGAGCGCUCUGGUUCCUGAGGUUCUGCGGUGCCCAUCCCCACCAGGUUGUGCAGUAUUUCUAGGCCACUGUAGAAAUCUGCAUCCUGCUCCUAGCUCUGGUUGGGUGACACCUGGUGAGUCACUUUCCCCUCGCUGGUCUCCCAUCUAUAAAAUGCCCUGUCUCAUCGCAGGCUUCAGAGCAUUAUUGCUGUGGGUGCAAUGUUCUUGUGCUGCGAAGCCCUAGAUCAGGGGUAGGCAACCUAUGCGAUGGGUGCUGAUGGUGGCACGCGAGCUGAUUUUCAGUGGCACUCACACUGCGUGGGUCCUGGCCACCAGUCCGGGGGGCUCUGCAUUUUAAUUUAAUUUUAAAUGAAGCUUCUUAAACAUUUUGAAACCUUAUUUACUUUAUAAUAUGUAACUAAACUAUUGUUGUAUGUUGUAUCAGCACGCUAAGAUGUUAACAGCACUCCCCAGCUGUGUCCGAUUGUAAUUGCGUUGCUAGGUUAAGACCCUUCCAGAACACCAGAAAUACUUAUAGAAAGAGAUCUUCUAAAAAGGUUAAAAUGUAUGACUGGCAUGUGAAACUUUAAAUUAGAGUGAAUAAAUGGAGACUCGGCACAGCACUUCUGAAAGGUUGCCGACCCCUGCCCUAUAUAAGCACUGAGCAUGUUUAUCAUCCCACUCUGGCUGUGGGAGCUCCGGGGGCAGGUGGGAGGCAGGGAGGGGCAGUAACUUGGUGGUGGUUUUAUUUGGAUGUGUGGAUAGCACCACAGCUCCAAUUUUGUCACAACAGCACAGCAAUCCUUUCAAAAAUCCCACACAGGAAACUGUCAAAACCCAGCUACAUUCACUGUGAGUAAAGAGCCCAGCACAGCAUUGAAUCCCACCCUGCCUACCAACUAGGCUUUGAGUGACAAUUAGCUUUAGGCUCCACUGUUGAUGUUUUUCAAGAGCCUUCUAUUGAAGGGUCUAAAAUGCUUUAUUUGGAGCCUAAAUCUAGCUAGUGUAUUCAUUGGAACGAAGCUGCCUAGGCACUAGGGUGGGAUUGAAACUUAAAAACACACCUGUUGUAAACCAAGUUCCUUCCCCAUGCUGUCAAUGAAGUGUGGAUUUUUGAAAGUGGAAGUAGGCAAAUAAUGAAUCCCUGUCCUUAGCAAGUUUCUGCUUCCUCUGUGCUCAUCUCUGGCAUUGCACAAUGAAACUCAGUCUCCCUCAGGUCUGGGUGCUGAAUUGUUUGGAUGUCAGAUGCCAGGGGAGUGGUUCUGAAAAAAUAACUGCUCACUCUGGAGUUUUGAAUAGAGACACGUGUUUGUGUGCGUCAUGGGUUUGGGAAAAGCUUGUGUGUGGCUGUCUCUGUUUGUUAACAGUAUUAAAAUUGGAGGCCAGACUGAUCCUGACAAUGUCUCUUUAUUAAAUGGGAUCAGAAAUGGUUUCUGGAAAUUAAGCAGCUAUUUCAACGUAACUUUAGGGAAAGCAGUUUUCCUGCAUUUAAAUUUCCCUUUUGGAUGUCAGGCUAAUUCAUGAGAACUAGGAAGUGAAACUGAUCACUCUAGAAUUGUUGUCGAAUGGUCAGACAGUUCACUCAGUAAAGAGCAUUAUUAGGAUUGUAGCACCAGCUGUGUGCUCAGCUCGAUACAGACCAGUAGGGAAAUAGCCACAGCUACGCUGGACAACCCUCUUGAAAGAAAAAAAUCCCUGGCAGGAACACACAUUCUUCUGUUUCUGGCCACGAGGACAAACGGAAACCCAAAAGUUGUACCGCUCAUAACGAUGUCAGUUGAGUUAAUCGGUGCAGCUGCUAAUCUGCUUAUUCCCCCUCCCGUAUGGGAGUAGCUACCCUGGUGAGCACUUUACACUAGUAGAACUGAGCCCACACAAGGGGUUUACCCUUAUGACUGUAUCUGUACAAAUCACCCCCUACCGGACUGAGCAGUGUAAUGCAGGGGCUGCGUAGGAGCUGCACUGUUCUGUAUUUGUCCACCAUGAACCUCUCUGUGGGGCGUCUGGUACUGAAUGAGGCGGGCUGCUCGGAGUCCACUUGGCCAUUCACUACACACAGCCUUGUCUUCACUAGCCACAAAGACCCUGCACGGAGCUUGGCUGAGCUGAUGUGAGGUAAACCCUGAAGACAAGGCAGUUGGAAGCUUUGCGUGAGGUAGCCAGUAGAGAGAACUGGCUGGGGGGCACCAAGGGUAGUGAUGGAAUAUGGGGCUGAGCCCCACUGGUGUGUUUGCCUUACAGGGGCGCACUGUAUCCCAUCUGGGGCGUGGUGGGCCCUGAUGUCUGUGAUGUCUGUGCAGCAGGUAACACAAGGAGCUCUCUGGAUUUUUCACACGUCUUGGGGGUGGCAGUGGUGGGGUGAGAGAUUGCACAUUCUGUCUGUGCAGCACGCUGAAAUGUUAACAGCACUCCCCAGCUGUGUCCGAUUGUAAUUGCGUUGCUAGGUUAAGACCCUCCCAGAACACCAGAAGCCAGUACUUGCCCGAGGAGAAGAUGCUCAAGGACGCUUCUCUUCAGAAAUGUGGCAUUUUUCUGUGUGACUAAGGGCUAGUCUGCAGCAUAGAUGCUCGCUCCAACCGCUGUCAGCAGGGUCAGUCCACAUCCCUGAGAGGCAGGAGCUAGUUGGAUGGAAGAAUUCUUCUGUCAACCCAGCACUCUCUGCGCCGGUGCCUAGCUCGGCUUAGCUUUGUCACACAGGGGGUGUAUUUUUUCCCCCGAGAGGUCAACCCAGCUACAUCAGUCUUUGGAGUGUAUACCUGGCCGUCAGAGGAAGGCUGGCCAUGUCGGUAGAGCAAUGGACUGGGACUUGGGAGUGGGGUUUAAUUCUUGGCCUGUGGAACCCUGGCCCAGUCACUUCGUCUCUGUGCCUCAGUUCCCCACCUGUAAAAGGGGGUGAAUAUGUCUGUCUGCUCCUCAGGGCAGGCCCUUGCUAGGUGUAUGUCCUGCGUCUAGCACAAUGAGCUCUUCUGCUGGGACGGGAAGCACUGUCAGCACACGUUUGUAGAGUGCCAGUGGUGGUGGUGGUAACUCCAGCUGGCCGGAGCUGGGGUGCGUGCUCUAAUGAUGGGGUGCCAUGUGCCAGGCUCUCAGGUGUCUGGCUGACUUGGCUGGAAGCUGUUCUGGUGACACAGGCAGGUGGAGAGACUGGUUUUUCUACCUCCUCCGCUGUAGAGCACAAACCCCGCAGAGCGUGUGAGCGGUGGGUGAUACUGCUCGGUAGUGGCUGGGGAAAAUGAUCCAUCGCUUCCAGUUUUAAGUGGAAGCUGCCUGGGCCGGGCUGGGCUGUGGGAGGGAAAGAUCAGGCAUUGCCAGCUCUAGCCUGUUCCCCUGCUCUAGUGUCACCGGCAGAGACGGGUGAGCACCUGGGGCAGGUGACGUGCCCUGGUGUUGGCUCUGGCGCGCGCGCUGCUCCCUUCACCUCUGCGUGAUCCGGCAGGUUGGCCUGCUAUGGAAUGUGAUGAGAAGCUGGUCCGGUUCCGACAGGCCCACCUCAACCCCUUCAACAAGCAGCUGGGGCAAGGCCAGCAUGACCAGGAGGCUGGGGACGACCUUUCUUGUCGAGACUCACUGCUGGGGCUCUCCCACGGGGACCCCGAGUUCCAGUGCUCGGAGCGCAUGAUGGACUUGGGGCUGGCAGAGGACCACUUCUCCCGCCCUGUGGGCUUGUUCCUGGCCUCAGACAUCCAGCAGCUGCGGCAGGCGAUCGAGGAGUGCAAGCAGGUGAUCCUGGAGCUCCCUGAGCACUCGGAGAGGCAGAAAGACGCUGUGGUGAGGCUCAUCCACCUGCGCCUGAAACUCCAGGAGCUGAAGGACCCCAGCGAAGACAAGCCCAACAUCCGGGUGCUCCUGGAACAUCGCUUCUACAAGGAGAAGAGUAAGAGCGUCAAGCAGACGUGUGACAAGUGCAACGCCAUCAUCUGGGGCCUGAUUCAGACCUGGUACACCUGCACAGGGUGUUACUAUCGCUGUCACAGCAAGUGCCUGAACCUCAUCUCCAAGCCCUGCGUGAGGUCCAAGGUCAGCCACCAGGCCGAGUACGAGCUGACCAUCUGUCCCGAGACAGGCCUGGACAGCCAGGAUUACCGCUGUGCAGAGUGCCGGGCACCCAUCUCCCUCCGGGGCGUGCCCAGCGAGGCCAGGCAGUGCGACUACACUGGCCUGUACUAUUGCGGAAACUGCCACUGGAACGACCUGGCCGUCAUCCCAGCCCGCGUCAUCCACAACUGGGACUUUGAACCCCGCAAGGUCUCCCGCUGUAGCAUGCGUUACCUUGCCCUGAUGGUGUCACGGCCAGUGCUCAAGCUCCGGGAAAUCAACCCCCUUCUCUUUAACUACGUGGAGGAGCUGGUGGAGAUCCGGAAGCUGCGCCAGGAUAUCCUGCUCAUGAAGCCCUACUUCAUCACCUGCAAAGAGGCCAUGGAGGCUCGUCUGCUGCUUCAGCUGCAGGACCGGCAGCACUUUGUGGAGAAUGACGAGAUGUACUCGCUGCAGGACCUGGUCGACAUCCAGGCUGGGCGCCUCAGCUGCUCCUUAACGGAGAUCCACACCCUCUUCGCCAAGCACAUCAAGCUGGACUGUGAGCGAUGCCAGGCGAAGGGCUUUGUGUGUGAGCUCUGCAAAGAAGGGGACGUGCUCUUCCCGUUCGACAGCCACACGUCGGUGUGCACGGACUGCUCUGCUGUCUUCCACAGGGACUGCUACUAUGACAACUCAACCACGUGCCCCAGGUGUGUCCGGCUCAGCCUGAGGAAGCAGUCGCUCUUCCGAGGCCCCAGUGCAGAGGAGCAGGCCUAGGGUCCCCCAGCUCCCGCCAGACCUGAGCACCAAAGAACAUUGGCGAGAACUGGGCGUUCCAGAGGGGGCGGCUGCAGCGUUGGGGCUGCAAGAUCUGAACUAGCUGCCACUGGGGGUGGACCCCGGGCCAGGGAGCAAGGUGCUGUGCAGGCCCGAACGAGUGCUUUGCUCUGGUACCAGCCCAGCAUGCUGCCUGUUGCUGGGAGCCAGCUCAGCAGAUUCUGAACCCAGCUCUGAGAACUCCCUGGGCUGGGGCUGAGCGUAAUGGAGUGGCAGGAGCUACUGGGGGUCUCUCACUGUCCCAGCCAGCCUCUGCCUCUUGCUGCUCUGCCUUGCAGCUGUGCAGUGAAGCAGGGCACAUGCCCCGUGCUGUGGCAGGUGUUAGCAGGGGUGACGGUGCAGGAAUCCCUGGGGAAAGGAGGAGCCUGGUGUCCCCGACUCACUGACAAAGGGGGACGAGAUCAGCCUGGAGCAGGGGCAUUCCAGGGCUUUGCCACUUGCAGCUGGUUUGCCCCCGGCCUGUGCUGAGUUCCCUGCUGCAGGUACUUGCUGGCCCCGGGCCGAGUGGGGAGAAGAGGGAGGUGGCUGUGAUAAGGAAGAGCUGCUGUGUUCUCCUCCCACGCUGAUCACGGCUCUGACCCCUCCUUUGGAUAUGUCCUUUUCUAACGCCGCCUCUGCGCCCCAGCAAGCCUCCUGGCAUGGGCCGGCGUGCCAGUCUCCGUUGGCAUUACAGCGCUCCCUCUGCCAGCUGCUCGGUGCUCUCCGGUUGGUGCAUUUGCGUCUAAAGGGCCACAUUGGUCUGGCCUCUGAAUGGCCGGGCUGGCUUCGGGGGUGGGCCCAGGGAGCCUCCUCUGGAGGUGUCUGGCCGUGGCCUAGCUGGCGAGGGGCCUGUGGCGUGUGAGACUCAGGCUGGUCCCUUGGAGACAAGUGUGCACAUCAUGUCCCCGUCCUCUCCGGCAGCACUCAGCCCCGGCUGGGCCGGGCCAUUGAGCUGGCAUGUCCCUUUCCUGUCCACGGGCUCUGCAGGGCAGGAGUGAGGCUCAGAGGCUGGGGAGAACCAGUGUGGGCUGGUGGAAUGGUUCGCACUCGGUUCUCAGCCUCGCUAGGCUGAUCUCACUGGCCUCCCCAGAGCCUGAGCCCUGGGGGCAUGCCCUCUGCUGAGGGAGGACGCGAAUGUCAUGGGCUGCAGGCUGGAGCUUGUUGCUGGUACUGGCUCCCUCCAGCUCCCUGUGAAUGCAGGUGGCACCUCUUUGGCUGUUUUAAAGAGAGAGACGCUCGCAGAAAUGAGUUUGGGGCUGAGGUAGAGCUGCUCAUUACAUGGCCUUUCCCAGGACCCUCCUGUGCCGUUCAGAGGCCAGGGCCUCAGGUUGGAGUCUAGCUGCUUUAGUCUUGUAUUUAUUUCCGUGCCCAGCCUGGCAGUGCCCAGAGCAGUGCCAGCAUCUCUCCUCAGCGCUGGGAGCAUAGGGCUCGCAGUCCGCUGGCUCCAUACACUGGCUGACUGCUGCAGGAGCCUAGAGUGGCACUGGUCUCCCGUGCCACCUUGCACCCUUACAGGCAUGUCAGUGACCCUGCUGCCAGCCUGUGUCUCCCGCAGUGCAACUGCUGCUCCCUCGUCAGGGGCAGGAAAGGCAGGAGACGUUCAGAGUCAUCCCUUUACAUAAAAAAGUACCUGGGAUGGGCCCCUCAAGCCUUGAACUCUAAACCGGCCCCCCACCCCCACCCCCACACAUAACACCCCUGGCCCUCCUUUGAGUGGUACGGCCUGGAAUUUAAAAAUGCACUGGGGCCGGGGCUACUGCUUUACAUAGGGUGUUUGGGUGGAAGAGAGAGCACCAGGGCUGCCCACCCCCUCCCUCACUGCUGCCUCUUGCCUCCUCCAUGCUGUUACUGGGGUAGACAGGGUGGGGGGCUAGAAGCUAGCUGGGGUCCGUCUCCCCAUGCUGCAAUCCCACCUCCCCAGUGCAGGGCAGACGUGGGUGUUUUCAACAGGCAGAACCAAGGACUCGAGGCUGCUGGGCCCGGCAAGGGAGGUGCACAGGCUUUGGGCAGUGACAGUGAUGGAGCUCUGGGGGAGAGCUACGGGAUGAGCACUAAUCCCUUUAGUCUUCCUUUUUCUACAGAGGGGGGAGCAGGGCUGCAGGGCCGAGCCCCUCCGUCCCUGUCCCUGGGGGAAGUGGGAACUAGCAGGUUUUGUUCUAAUCACUUUUCCUCUUGUGGGUUCUGCUCCAGCUGAUCUUGGUGGGGCUCUUGCACCACCAGGGGAGGGCUGUGUAUGAAACGCUCGGGCUAACCAGUGAAACACACACUACCUGUUUGUAACCCGCUCGCCUGAUUUCCCAGAGGAUGCGUUUCCCCUGCUGGGCCAUUUCCACUCCCUUUGGAUGAGGGCCUUGUUUGUAGUCCCAGUGGUAAGGGCAGGCUGAAGCCAGCAGAGGCCCUGAGCUCUUGCUUAAAGCUGGAGUCCAGUCAGGAGGUUGGAAUGGAAACCCCACCUCUGCUGAACGGGGGCGAGCAGUCAGACCCCUCUGGGAACCGAGCUGGGCCAAAGGGAGCACUCUCACCCCCUUAGCCAGUGGAGUGUGGGGAGGGCCAUUAUUGCCAGUUUCCAACUGCCUCUGCUUGGCUCAUGGUGUUUGCUGUUAGCAAACGCUGGAAUUGUUACUGGGCUUCUGUUAACCCCCAUGCUCUGUUUUCAUUCGCUCAUUUCAUUUCUUUCUCGGAUGAAAUUUCUGGGAUGAAAUUUCUCCUCCUUCGACCGCAUGCUGCCCCCAGGACUGUUACACAUUGAAACCCUCCCACGUCACACUAGUAUGAACUCAGCCUCUGGUUCCCCUUCGCAGUGUGGGUGUUGGAUACUCUGGGUUUGGUGUGGUUGUCAUGCCCCAGGCCCUUCAACUCUAAUUCCCUUUUCGGGUGUUCGUAACUUUCACCUGCUAGGCUGAAACAUCCCUGUCCUGGGCUCUGAGCAGAGGCGAGCGCUUGGAGAAAACUGGCCCUUGUCUCUUAGUUAAAACGAACCACCACGUGUCUGGGACACUCCUCAAAAAGUGAGCUGCUGCUUCAACCUUCUCCGAAUGGUUUUACGUUUAAUGGCUAGUCUGCCAGGGCGGGUGUGCACCAAUGCAUGAACACUAGCGUGAGCACUUUAAUUUCUGUACAGACGUGUACGUUGGCUCUCUUUGAGUAGAAAUAACACACCUUGCUAUAGAAUCAUUGUUUACCCUCUAAGUCUCUGACUUACAGGUGGAUCUUUUUCUUGGAUUCUAGAAACACUUUAUUUGCCUGUAUGGGUGAGAGAUUCAGAUGGCAGGCUCCAGGUAGGCAGGGAUCGUUGUGAAGCUGGGGUGAGGUGGUUGUUUUUUUUAAGUUUAGUUCCUAAUCUUGCAAUAACAAAGUCUUAAGAGAGUGUUUCCCCGGCCCCCUCCCCACAGUUCAGAGGGCAGGACUAGCAGCGUGAGUGUGUUUUACAUCCUUGCCUAGGCAUGGAAGAGCACUUGCUGAACCUGCUGUUCCACACGCUUGCAGAAUCCUGACAAGCAGCAUAUGCCACAGGUGUGGCCACACAUGCCAGUCUAUGGCAGGAUGGGCAGUCCCAGGGGAAGGGUGCAAUUCCCACCUGUUCUCAGACCAUCAUUUUCCAGGUGGUAUCAUGUAUAACCCGACUGCCAUGUGUUUAUCAGACCCAGCACUGUUGCACCUGUGAUGAGAGACAGUCUAGGACCUGGGCUAGCUGCUCUAUGGUCUUUAUUAAAUGCACCUUGGAAAGAGUGACUGCAGCAGCUGCCGUGUUGCACCUGAGCGGCAGGCAGAUCCCUAUAAUUCAGUCUGUGUGUGUGUGUGUUGUUACCAGACCCUUGGAGUCUGUAACUCUGGGGCUGCUUUGAGUAGCAUAAACCACCCAUGGGAAAGAUUCCACAGACAGAACGGAUGGCAUGAUUCUUGCCUGUAUCUGGAAGGGAAAAGACAGGAGAAGUGGCUAUCUGCAUAACAGCUGGGAGUGUACCUCCUAAAUACAGCUGGUUCUGCUUGAGCUACUGGGCUAAAAAUAGCCUUGCCAAUGUUGUGGCAUGGGCUGGCCAGAUGAGGACAAGCGCAUCUGCCCUUCUUGCAGCUCUGAGCUCAUUGGCUGGCAACCUUUGGCACCCAUCUCAUCAGGGUAAAGCCACUGGUGGGCCGGGCUGGUUUGUUCAUCUGGAGCAUCCGCAGGCAUGGAGCUCCCACAGGCUGUGGUUCGCAGUUCCUAGCCAAUGGGGGGGUGUGUGGGAAGCGGUGUGGACUGAGGGAUGUGCUAGCCACUGCUUCCCACAGCUGCCUUUGGCCAGGAAUGGCGAACCACAGCCCAUGGAAGCUGCGGGGCUCCGUGCCUGCAGACGCUCCAGAUAGACAAACCGGCCCGCCAGCGACUUUACCCUGACGGGCUGGGUGCCAAACGCUGCCAACCCCUGAGCUAGGCCAUGCCACAUUACUCUCUUUAGCAGGUAGCUCAAGCAGAGCUAGUAUGUGUCUGUCUGUCCAGCAUUGGAGGCAUGUUUCUAGCUACACUGUGAACAUACCCUCUUACAGGGCAGUCUGCUUCCUUGCCAUGCCUGCCCUCCUGUCAGGGGGUCCCUUCGUAAUGAGAAUAAAACUUUAGCUGACACAGCUGCCCUCUAACCUGCACAGCAAGAGAGGACAGAACCAGGACCAAAAGUUUUCAGUUUGCAAAGUGUGAAUGACAAAAACAAAACCUCUGAGGAUGUGGUUACACCACACCUUGGUGGCUGUAGCCAGGGGGAGGAAUGGGGGAUCGCAAUACAGGAAUCUAAGGUACAAUGGUAUUGAUUCAAUAAACCACUGUACUGGAUCAUUUUAA